AUGUCUUCGAUUGUCACAAGUAUAUUAAGUUCCACUGUGAGAUUAUUGUGGAAGCAAGCCCAAGAUGCGACUGCUAAAAAGCUGAACAACGGUGAUAUUACAGAUGAAAGAAUUCGUGAAAUACUCGUGCGAGAACUCGACGAUAUCAAAACCAAAAUUGACGGUCUCGCACGCAAAGAUCUGCUCGUCAGCUACAGUUUUCUACAGGACGGAGUACAGUUACUGAUUGUUUCUCUGGAUAAGUCGAAGGACGAGCAGAAAGCUGUGCAAAGCAAAACUCAAGAUGAUCGCGGUCAAACGUCUAUAAUGCCGAGCGGUGACGAGUCAGCAGAUAUCUUCAACAAAGCCUUAGAACUUUCUCACGUGAUGGGAAAGCUAAAAAUUCUGUCAAGCGAGUCUGAACCCGCUAAAAAGAGAUUCGAGGAAGCGCGUAAGGAAGCAACCCAUGCGUUUUGUAACGAAGCAUUGAAUAUCCAAGACCGGAUCUUCGCAGCGAACCUCCGUGUCGUUUCGGAGAGACUGGAAUGUCUCGACAAUCCCGACACAGCGGUUACUUCGUGCCUGUUGUUUUUAGAAAAGCUUCAUGAUUUACCCGCCGUUCGCGAGAUAUUCUCGGUGUAUCUCGGUGGUGGAGUUAAAUCCAUCUUCAGUAAGGCUGAACGAGUUGAGAAUGUUAAAUCUGUCAUGAUGAUCAACUACGUUUUGUAUCAAUUUGUUUCGAAACUCAGCAGCAAGUAUUGUUCUGCUCUCACCUGGCCAACAAUUCAACUCUCUGAUCGCAGUUUUUACCCAAUAUGGAAUUGGCAGGAGGUAUCGACAAGAAAGUCUUGGGGCGAAGAAUUGAUCCAACCACCCAAUAAAAUGAACUUCGAUAUAAAUAUCAAUCCGUAUAAUACUGCUGUAAAUAGUCGGGGUGAGAUAGUUGUAUGGGAUGAUAAUCACAUUGAGCUAAUCUCCAGAACAGGUGAAAGUAAAGUGGUUUAUCAAUUUCCCGUUCCGAGCCGAGAGAAUAAAGAAGGCGAGGUUAUCAAACAAAGAAUUCUAGGCCUCGCUCUUGAUCAAGAAAAUAAUGU